AUGAGUAAAGAUGGACAAGACGAUAAAAAUGUAAAUAAUAACCAAAUACAACUGAAUGAUAAUAACAGCAGUAAUAAUCAGGGCCAAAAAGAAAAUACUAGUACUAAUAACGAUGCUAUAACACCAGAGGCAGUUACCUCACCAUCAAACGCUAAUAUAUCAGGUGAGCAAAAUACUUCUCAGAUAAAUAGUGAAUAUGAUAAAGUUUUGGGGGAAGAAGGCACAGCAAAUGAUCCUGUCGGGGUUGAGCAGAACGAAAUAAAUAAUAAAAAGGAACAGUCAUCACUGGGUACUAAUAUAGGCGAUACUCAAGAUAAGGCAGAAAGUGUUAAUGCGAAUAAAGAUUCUACAGAACCUGAUAAGCAAAAUGCAGAUAGUAUAGAUAAGGACCUAAAACAGCUAUUAUCUAGAAUAUAUAAAGGAGAGCCUACACAAAAAUUAGAAGAUGAUCAAGUGAAGAAUGUGCUUGGUGACAUUAAAGCGCAAAUGGCAUCUGCUACUAACAAUUAUGCAGAGUUAGGUAGAUUAGCUGGUGCAUUAGCUUCCCUAGCUGCAAGUACGAAUAAUCCUGAGUUAUUGGCAACAAUUAAAUCUAUGUUAAAUGCGGUGGAAAGUAGAGAGGAAACGGCUAAGGAGGUUAUUCGUAAUGACGCUACUUCAGAUAAUCUAGAAGCACAAGAGCAUCCAGAUCCUGAGAUGAUUUAUAAUGAUCCUAAUUCUUUAACGGAAGAGCAAAAAAGAUUAGCCCGUGGACAGUAUCGUAGUACAGAAGAGAAAGAGCAGCUCGAAAGAGAAGCGUGUCAAGAUAUUGAUUUUGCUAAAAGAACACAUGAAUUACAUAGAGAUUUAAAUCAUGCAAUUGAACAUGAACAUGAACAACUUAAUAUAAUAGCACAAAAGAUAGAAGUUGAGCAAAAUCUCGAAGGCAAAGAUGAAUUGCUACAAAAGAAACAACAAUAUGAAACAAACAUCAGUUUAUACAAAGAAAGAUUAGAGCAACAUAUAAAUCCAGCUAUAGCAGAAUUGGAUUUAGAAAGGGAGAAACUGUUAAAAGUAGUUGAAACACAUCCUGAUUUAGUCAAAGAGCGUAUUAGAACCCAUUUUAAAGGAAAUAUCACGCGAUAUCAAGAAAUAGAGAGUUUAAAAGGUGAAACAAAAGCCAUAAAAGAAAUGGAGCAAUUGAUUAAAAAGGCAGGUCUUGAAAAAGAGCUAAAUGUAAAAAGUAAUGUUGCAGUAGAUUUAUCGCAAUCACCAGUGCCUACUACAUUACCAUCUCCAUCUAAUGUCCCGUAUAACAGUAAACGACAUAACAUAUUUGAAGAAACACUUAAUAUAAGAAGUACAUAUAAAUCAGGAGGUAUACCAAAAGAAAAUUUAAAAGAUAUAAUGUCGCAUUAUGCGGAGCGUAGAAAAUGUGAGGCAGAUGAAGCAUAUAAAACUGAUGUAAUUCUAAGAGAAAUAUCAGAUAAUGCAAAGAAAGAUUCCACUUGGGAUUUAUUUUUAAAUUUUGUUAUAGGCGUAAAAGAGACGGCAUUUUAUGUUACUUAG